AUGAGCGAUGCGGGUUCCUGGGACGCGCCCUGCGGAGGUUGCUGCUGGCGCCUGAGCUGCCGGGAGCUCCAGCAUGCGGAUCUUUACCACGGAGCCGCGGUGUGGUGCAGAGUGCCUGCGCAGAGGCGGCCGGCGCGGACGGAAGGCUCCGGCGGGGAGACGCCUUUUAGACAGCUCGCUGGGAAUGCCCAAGUCGGCCCAACACUGGAACGCACCGCUGUGGAACAGACCGCAGAGGGCGCCGACGCCCGGACCGCCCCAGCGAAGGUGGCAGGCGAGGACAGCCGCAGAAAGGAGACAAGAAACCACGAUGAGAAUGACGAGGAUGAGCAGGUGUUCUUUAUGCCUCGUGUACUGGAAGCUAUCUGUAGAUCGGAUGUUCCAUGCACACAUGAAGAACGCGGGGCUGAGGGUGACGGCCAAACAGGAGAGGGACAGGGAGACGGGGCAGGAGGGAAGCAAGGCCGAACAGAUGAAGGGAAUGGCAUGCAGAUGCUUCCGGCCCUUUGCUCCGGUGCUCAGUCUGAUGAUAUCGAGGGGAAAGUUCAGGCACCGAGACGGGGCUGCUCCCUUGGAACCCUCGGAGACGAAACCGGAGAACUCGAAGGGACAGGAAAGGAGGGAGAAGUCCACGACCAGGCCGGAGAAUGGCAAGGCAUUUCUCAGAGUACCCCAAAUCAGGAUCGAUGCCAGUCUAUGUCCGUUGACGCGGGUAGCACAGUGGCGCCACAAGAAGCUGCUGCAUUGUCGGAAAGUUGUCCUCCGGGCUCUGGCCCUUCUCUCCCACCUUUCGAGUCUUCUUCGGGCACUUCUGCUUCCUCGUCUUCCGUCUCCUCUUCCGCUGCCUCGGCUUCCGAUUCUUUUGCAUCUCCUGGUCUUGCUUCGUUUCUAACUCCGUCGUCUUCGUGUGUCUCCCCGUCUUCUUCGCGUGCGUAUCUCUCUUGUUCUUCGCCCUGUUGCUCUUCGUCUCUCCCGUCUCCUUCUCCGUCGUGCUUUCCGUCGCCGACUGCUGCGUCAACAGCCCAGGACGCCGUUCAAGGUUCUUGUCUUUCUGAGACGAAAAGACGGAAAGUGGGAAACGAAGAGUCCUCUUCUUCCUUGCCUUCGCCACCACCCCGCUCGUCUUCCGACCCGACAACGCAGUCUUCCGCGUUUACGUCGGCCGCCUCUGCUUCGGCAACAGCUACUAGGUUGCGCGAAACGAUGCAGAGAAAAGGCUCCGAGCCGAGCCAAGGGCAUGCAAACCGGGUGUACAUCCUCCCCAUGGCUCGUGGCGAGUGGGUGCGCGUGGACUCCGCGAUUUGGUUCCGAGUUCUCAGAGGCACUGCAGAAAUCCGAGGGCACCUGUUUCCACCGAGUCGGGACUUCCGCCUUGUCUCCAGUCCCCUCUGGAGCCCGACAGUUCGGAUUCUCGCAGUCGGUGCGCCAGGGGCUGCCUCCGCUCGCCUUCGAAAGGCCUGUGCGAAGACGAAGGAGACGCGCUGCAGAGAGGCCAAAUGGCAGAAAGGGGGAGGGCAGAGCGGGGCGCCGCCGAACGCUCAGGAAGCAAGCAAAGUGUCCCCGCCGCCAGCUGAGGCGAAGGAUGUCAAGGCGAAGCAGCUUGCGGCUUCCUCGGCCGGUUCGACGCCCCACACCGGACGCGAACACGCCGGAGUCGCAGCAGACAGUGGGCGAUGUCGCUGCGCAUGUUCUCCGCUUGAGCAGCAGUUCGUGGACUUCACUGGCGGCGAUGCCGAGGCAGUGUCGAACCUCUUCACGGCGUCGAUCGACAGCCUGCCUCGGCGUUUCCUUACUGGCGCCCGGCCAGGCCACGCAAUUUCUUCGAGCGCCAACUCGGUCGGUCCCGCGCUUCGGCGGCUCCUGCAAGUCGACGAGAAACUCGGAUCUGAGGUGAUCCCCUCUACGGAAAUUGGCGAAGCCCUAAAACGGUUUUCUAGAAAGCGGUACCCGGUCGUCCUUUGCUUCGCGCAGUUCGAGACACCCGGUGGACCCGUCGCCAUUCACUCCGCUCUCGAGCCGCCUGCGCCCGCGUGUAUCUACCGCCCCCUCGAAAUUCUUCCACCGUCUUGGCGCUAUGUGGCUUACGAGCUCUUGCGGAUCUUUGCGAGCGGCGGCGAGCAGCCGGCGCUGUUUCCUCUUUUCUCGGCCUCUCGCCCUGGAGUCAAAUGGUUCUGUUCCACGUGUCUCAGCGAUCUCAGCGAGCGACCGUCGGAAUGCUUCACAGAAGGGUCGUAUCGGCAGUGCGCGAAGGGCCAGAGGCGACUGCCUGCCGCUGUCUUGUGGGGGGGCAAGGGUGCCGGCAAAACGACGUUCUCGCUUUUCCUUCUCAAUUUCCUUCUCAAUUUCUUCCCUCGGGUCGCGUACUUGGAAGCCGAUGUGGGCCAGCCCACCUUCACGCUACCCGGAUGUGUGUCUCUGUUAGAGGUUCGCGAGCCUGUCCUGACGCCGCCCCACAUGUUAGUCGACACUCUGGAAGUCAGCGCUCUGCAGAGGCCCGCGAGGAACAGGCUGGACGCGCAGCCGGUGGAUGGCGGAGGGGCGAAGAACCGACUCCUCGAAAACCUCUUCUUCGGGGACGUCUCGCCCAAGUCUGCUCCGCACCUGUAUUUGCGGUGCGUCAGUCGCUGCAUCUCGACGUACUGCGAAUGCACCUUACAGUCGCGUCGCUCUUCCAGUUCGCGCCUUCUCUCUGUGUCGCCGUCGGCGUCUUCGUUGGCCGACUCUUUUGAGUCUUCUCCCGGCGCCGUCGCCGCUGCAGCCUCGCCGCCGCUCUCGCUCUCCGCCGCGCUUGCUUCGGCCGGGAGUUCCACUUCUGCCUCGGGGCUUGCGGGCGCCUCUCCGCUCGGUUCGCCGCCUGCUUCGCCCCGCGCAGGCGCGCAGUUGACGCCGGCGUCUUCUGUCUCGGCUGUCGAGGCUGGAGCGCCUGAGACGCCGACAAGGCAGAACGUGUGGAAGCGCAUGCAGGGCGAUGGCGACGUCGCCGCCUUCGCCCGGGUUGUCCCCCUGAUUGUCAACACCCCAGGAUGGAUAGAGGGGCUCGGCGAGCAUUUGCUUUCUUCGAUUCAGGCGAUGAGCAAAGCGAGCGCAUGCAUUCAAUUCCUCGACAGCCCCAAGAGGGACGAGGACGCGGCGGAGCUGGCCGCUGCCAGAGCAGAAGCGCCGAUCGACAAAGAGCCCGAGCGGGGCGAAGCACACAGAGCCGACGGAGUUAAGCGUGAGGAGGGCAGUGAGGGAGGGGCAAACGAAUUCGGGAAGGAGAAGAGAACGGAGGGAAAAAGGCGAGACGAGAGCGCGGCGAGCAGGAACGACUGCGGCGUCGCGAGGGACAGAGGCGACGCGAGCGUUCGCCGACGUAUUCCCAAACGACAGCGGGGAGGCGACAGAAACGAAGAUGGCGAGAGAGAGGCGAAUCUCACCCCACGAGAUGAGCUGCAAGACAGCGACGCGGUGCACUGGACGAAACGCGUGAGGGAGGGAGAAGGCGGCCGUGGCGAUUUAGAAUCGGUGGAGAACGGGGAGGCGCAAGUUGAACAGACAGCAAGAAUGCUAGGACGCAUGUCUCCCAGCCUGAGAAAUCGGCCGAGUUCCGGCGGCCCCAGCGUCUCGGAGACAUGCGCGGAUGGAGAGAGGACUGGAGGCACACAAAGAAGUGAACGGAGAGCGAUGGCGAGCUGCGAGGCGGUGGAAAGGCGAAACAAAGAGACGCGCACACGAGACGCCGCAGAUUCGGUCAGGGGCGGGAGACAGGAGGCGUCCGAUGGGAGUCAAAGCCGGAAAGGACCGGACUCGUCGCCGGCCGCAAACACCAAGGAUCUCACUUGUUCCUACCCGAUGUCACCUUCCCGCUGCUUAUCCACUCGUGCGUCCUCUUCUCCCCGAACGUCUCCAGCAUCUUCCUUUUCUUCCGCUUCCCCAUCUUUUUCUUCUCCCUCGACACAGGGCUGUCAACUCUCUCCAUCUGCUGGCGAGUUGGCGUCUGGGUUACCGCCGUCCUUUCCGGCUUGCCUCCAGCGUCUCUGUUCUCGCACCUUCCCUGGCGUCUUCUCCCACCGUGUUCUCGUGCACCCGCUUCGAUCUGUCUCUCGGCCCUCCUCGUUGUCUGGCCGGUUGUCUCCUUUGUCUUCUCUUCUGCAACGCACCGAGGCGCCUCGGCUAGUGGCGUGCCCGUACGUCCACGGCGCCCAAGUCGAAAAUGGAGGGGACGGAAAACAGGCCGGACAGGAGCGCGGAGACAGUGUCUCUCCGCAGGGCGGCAUUUGCAGAACAGCAAAGGGGAAGCGGAAGAAUGUCUCUUCUUCCGAUGUUCGCGUUUGCGAGUGCUGUGGACAACCCUCAGAACGAACAGGCACUGCAGGAGAGCAAAAGGCAGUUUCGAACGGGCGCCAGGAACGCAUGCAGGAGACACCUGAAGACGCGUCGCGUGGAGUGAAGGGAGACAUCGACGAACCCCGGCAGCGCGCGGGACGAGGCGGAAGCACCGAAGGGCCUUUUUCGAAGAGAUCACGAGUCACCCUUCCCGAGAUCCUGGCGGGCGUUCAACGUGAAAGAUAUCCAGAUGCCUCACCCCUCGCCGCGCACCCGCUGUUUCAGGCGGUUGACGCCGCCAACGAGUGCGAGUGCGGCGUCCACAUCUUCUCUCUUCCGACAUUCAAACAGCAUCUGUCGUACAUGCAGGCGCCGCUCGCCCCUGCAUCUCCAGUCCUGUCGUCUUCGGCCUCUUCCGUGCUCAGUUAUUGCUAUCCGUUCGCUCCGUCUCAGCGAGGCGCCGCUUUGGAGAGCAAGGCGUCGCCGCCGCCUUCCUCGUCUGGCAUUUCGUCGUCGAACACACUUGUGAACCUGAAAACAGGGAGACGGUACCGCCGGGUGUACGAUGAGAUCGUGUCGGAGUCCUCGGAAGCCGGCGAGGAAGAGAACGCACCGCCAACUGUAUAUUCCGUUGGAAGAAUCGACGGAGAGACGGAAGAGACAGCGGCGAGAAGCGCGAACAACGAGCGGGCGCAAAACGCGAGAGACGCGAACGGGGAAACAGAGAUGGAGUGGAGCGAGCAGGACACGGAGACGGCGAGCGGGCUGAAGCCUGAGAGCGAAGGCAAGAGGGUGCAAAAGGGAGGACCCGAGGCAGAGAAGGAAGAAAAGCUGACGGCGCGAGACAAAGCAAUGACGCGGGCAGUAGGGGGGAAAGGCGAGGACGUGUGCGGGGAGGAAGGCCAACAAGAAAGCGGCGAGCUCAUUGGGGAACGCGAGACGACGGAGGAACGACACGAGGAUGCGGACGAAACGGCGGAUUUUUCCGAGAACAGAGACGUGACGGAGAGGGAGCGAGAUGCGCCCGAGCGGAAGCUGGAAGAAGCAGGGGGGGAGGCCGUAGCGGCGCUUACAAAGGAACGCGCUUCGGCAAAAGAAGAGCAGGCAGAGAGAACGCAAGAAGCGCUCGAGGGAGAGACCGAUGAGGGGCGAGAGAUGGAGGAAGAGAACGCGAAGAAGACUGAGGAGGCACUGCAUUGGAGAAAACGGGAUGGCUUCAACACUGUGCGGUGGCAGGCACCUGCAGGAGCGAUGACGAAUGGUCCCGUUUCUCAAGUCCCUCUUGCAUCCGUGUCUCCCUGUCCCUUUUGGUGUUGCUCGUCCUCUCUUUCUCCGGUUUUGUCCCGGUUGCCUUCGUCACGUCCCGCGUCGUCGAGUCCUUCCCCACCUCCAGCCUGCGCCUCCUCCACGUUUUGUUCCUGCUGCGCGCCUUCGUACUCUCCAUGUGGAGAUCCGUUCGAGCGCCCACCCGCGCCCUCCCCUGCCGAACUGCGUUGGCUGCGGCUGGUCACCCACUUCGUCCCUUGCUCGCGGUUUCUCCUUUACCGCGAUGGCCUCCGGCGCUUCUCUUGGGAAGGCCUCUGCUCGUUUUUCUUGACUUUCCAGGAAGAUGUCGAAUGGGGCUCUCGCGGCGAACGGGAAACGCGGUCGGCUGCAGGGUUCCCCUCCCCAGCCCGAGAGGACGAACAGGACCGCCACGGGCGUCUUCGUGGCGGCGCGGAAAAGGCCAAAGACGCGGCGCCGGGCGAACAGGAGCAAGAUGACGUUCACCGAGCUGCGGGGACACAGGAAGCGAAGGCCUGUCUGUCAGGAGUGCGGGUGUUGAGUUCUUCUUGUCUGUUCCCUCUUGCUCGUCACGGAGGCGCACCUGUCCCGAGUUUUGAUUCUGCGUCAGCUCCAGCUGGACGAUGCCAAGGCGAAACGCGAAAACGAUACGCACAUGAGUUGGCGCUUCCAAGGCCCACGGCGAGGAAAUGGAUCUGGGUCUCCCUGGCAAAAAUACGGCUCGCCCUCCGAGAGUGCGACUGGCUCGCCAUGCAAUGCGAAGACGAGUGCAGAGGAGUUCGGGAUCACGUCUGCUCGACUUCGACGACGGAGAAGAUUCUAAGCUGCCUCCCAACAAUGACGGUCGCCCUUGCCAUCAGCGCCGAGCGAGAGCGCAAACUCCAAAACUCAAAACACUCCGACGACCCUGCCGUGUCGUCUUCAGGCGUGAGAAGCUUAGGGGACGUGUCUUCGCAUCGAGCACGAGGAAAGACGUGUAGGCUGAAGAUCGUUGAGACGACAGAAGACUUCACGUGCGUGUGCUACGCAGUCGUCAUGCGUGUACACCGGCGCUCCCAGAGGCUUCUAUGCCUGGUCGGCGGCUCCACCUUCCUCUUGGGUGACCUCCUCAAGCGCGUCGACACUGUGAUGUUAGGGUAG